GAAGUCCUCGCUCUUACAAUCCUUAAGAAAUCCCAGACAUCCAAAUCCCAGAGAAGAGAGGAAAUAGAGAGAACAAGGGGAGAGAGAGAGAGAGAGAGAGAGAGAGAGAGAGAGAGAGAUGAUAUCUGAUUCGGAGCUCGCUGACCGGCUUCGGGAAGUCCUCAGGAACUCAGACCUCAACACCACGACCACCGCUAUCGUGCGCCGUAGGUUAGAGGAGCACUUCGGCGUCGACUUGUCGGAGAAGAAGGCCUUCAUAAGAGAGCAGGUCGACCUCUUCCUUCAAAGCCAGCUUGAGAACGUCAAAGAAGAAGAACAAGACAACGAAGAAGAAGAAGAAGAAGAAGAAGAAGAAGUCGAUGAAGAGGAUGGAAGGAAAAGAGUAACGAACAAGCACAACAAAGAGAACAAGAGAAGGGGAGGUGGUUUUACCAAAUUAUGUAGUCUGUCCCCACAACUUCAAGAAUUUGUUGGUGUAUCUGAAUUAGCUAGAACUGAGGUUGUCAAGCAACUCUGGGCUUAUAUUCGUGAAAACAAUUUGCAAGACCCGAGCAAUAAGCGGAAUAUAAUAUGUGACGAAACACUGCGAGCCCUUUUUCGUGUUGAUUCUAUUAACAUGUUUCAAAUGAACAAGGUUUUGUCGAAGCAUAUUUGGCCAUUGGCUUCGGAAGAUGCAGGUCCGGUCAAGACGGCAGCGCCAAAAGAAAAACACCGGAAACAAGAGAGAGAAGGUCCAGAUGAGUCCAUGCCAAAGGGAAAAAGACAGAAAGGAGGGACUUCGGGUUUCCUUGCUCCCAUCCCACUCUCAGCUGCCCUAGUGAAGUUCAUUGGCACUGGUGAAAGCGCCUUGUCACGGGCUGAUGUUGUGAAGAGAAUGUGGGAGUACAUAAAACAAAACAACCUUCAGGAUCCUGCUGAUAAGAGGAUAGUUAAAUGCGAUGAGAAGCUGAAAGAGCUAUUCGAGGUCGAUUCUUUCAAUGGCUUCACGGUUUCAAAGCUACUGACUGCUCAUUUCAUCAAGGCUGAACAGUUCCAUCGCAAAGGCAAUAGAAAAGGUGAAGUUGAAAAAUCUGUUGUUUCUCCCAUCAUUCCAAUAGAUAUUUUCUUUAUAGCCCAAGCGAUUGCAAAAAUUCAGAUAAUGGAAGAAAUGUUGUUAGAACUUUAGGCAAUCUUCAGAUAAAAUAUAGAGAAAAGCUUGAAUAGGAGGACAUUCAUUUCCAUUUCCCAGCUCUUCUUCAAAUACCAUGGACAUUCAUUUAUUCCAGAAAGAACAUUAAAUUGAUUUCCAAGGUAAAAGAAGACAGACAGUUUGAUGUUUGAGCUGACCAUAUGUAGAAUCCAUGUAAAACUCGUUCCAAAACAAACAGGUGAUGGUAAAUCAGAAUCCAUGGUUUUCGAUUUCUUCAGAA